AAAAAGAAUAAAGAAAAGGAAGGAAAGAAAAGAGAGUGGAGACAUCGUCUCCAGGACAAAAUCCCUCGAAAGAAAAAAAAGCAAUCCCCAAGCACUCGACAGAUACCCUAUAGCAAUUAUUUUGAGGGAUAUUGAAUAUUUUUGAAUCGCGUGGGCAGUUUGAGAUCGUCGAACCGUCCCUCCCGCGUCCAUUCGCCUGUUGUUCUCUCGUGUGUUCUCGUGUGCGUCCGCAAACGUUGGAAGCCGGCGAGGUUCGCCCGAGGGAAGCGGUCAGUCACGUACGAGCGCUCGAGCCGCUAAGAACAAAGAACCAUCAUCGAUAAGUAAUUACAUUUAUGUUGAUAAAAGCCUCAAAAUCCCUGAAAAAGCCGCGUGUGACUGUGGAAUUGUCAUUAUUAUCAUCGGUGAUUUAUUUUUCCCCUUCCCACUCACAAUUCAGGUCUCAACCUCUUUUGUUUCAUUCUGUCUUCGUCUGUCCCCGGGGGACAAAGGAGUCAAACUAAGUCAUUCCUCGUUGUGAGUGCUGUGCGAUAAUUAUCGAUGAUAGUGGGGGAGGACCAGUGACAAUACCAGUGGUUUUUGUGUUUAACAGACGCCGGUGUGUGUUCCUAACCUAGACUAUUCCGGGGACGCCACUGUGGGAUUUCGGGGGUAAUUCAACGGAAUUAUUGUGGAAAGUUCUGGGGGCUCUUUCUUUUUUUAAGUCGGGUUUUGUUUGAACGCUGAGUCCUGCGCUCUUCCUUUGUGUGAUAUGUGCCACGGUGGAAACGGCAUUUGAAGGAGGAUUUUUCCGAGCGCCUGCGGAUUAUUCUCGUCUGUACGGUGAGUUUCUUCGUGAUCCGACACUGAAGAGCUUGACGUAUUUAAACAUCAAAUUGACACACGUACAGAAAUACAGUACAUACAUAACAAUAAUAAACACGAGGGAGUGGAAAGUUGGUGGAGGAGUUUGUUGAAAAAGGGAUGCCGGUUGACUGAAGAUGGCCUCCCCGACACCCUCGUUGGAAUCACGCGCAAAUUCCCUCGGCUCCCUGGUAUCACUGUCCCCGCUGACCGUUAGCGGGAGCUCACCACCAGCAAGUGAUUCUGCUAUCUGUGACGUAGACAGUUGCGAUAUCUGCCUCGACUCGGGUAAACCGGGCGACGGAUCCUGUCACUGUCGUCUUGGACGUGGCGUUAGGUGCACAGGUUGUAAAUCAACAGAAUCAGACGCUGUAGCACGUUGCUUCGACUGUGCCAAUUUUCUCUGUCCAAACUGCGUUAUGGCCCAUCAAUUUAUGCACUGCUUUGAGGGACACAGAGUCCUCAAUCUCGGUGAUUCCAAAAUGGAAUCGAGCGCUGAAUCACGAACUAAUCUCGUUAUAACUGGUGGUAAUGGUACUAACGGUGAAAAAGCACUGUUCUGUCCACGCCACAAGACAGAACUACUGAAAUACUACUGUCGUACUUGCACAGUGCCAGUUUGCAAGGAGUGCACAAUAACCGAUCAUCCGGGUUCACUUCACGAUUGCGUACACAUUUCUGAAGUUGGACCGCAGCAGUUGGAAUCGGUAACAAGAGCAGUUGCCGAUUGUCGAGCUAAAGCGGCGGAUGUCAGGGCAGCUGUCAAAGCAGCUGAUCAUGGUGCCGCAAGACUUCAGGUACAGUACCACAAAGCCCAGAAUGAGAUUAACGAUACAUUUCAAUUUUAUCGCUCGAUGCUCGAGGAGCGCAAGCAGGAGCUACUCAAAGAGCUUGAAUCAGUUUUCUCAGCAAAACAGAUAUCACUUGGUGUUGUCACCCAAAAAGCCAAUGAAAUGGCUGACAAGAUUCAACAGACAUGUGACUUUGUUGAAAAAUUAACCAAGUAUACAACGAUAACUGAAGUGCUGAUGGUGAAGAAAUUGCUUGAUUCGAAGCUACAGAUUCUUCUGAAUUAUACACCAGAUAUCUCAACACAAGCAGCUGAUCUUGAGUUUGUGAGUAAUUAUCAGGCAAUUCAGGUUGGCGUUAGAAAUACAUUUGGGUAUGUGCGAAGUAGUACAGACAGCAACAGUGUUGGCCCGAGUAAACAACCACCAAUUGCCAGACCAACAGCAUUAUCAAGCGGUGGUAACAGUAGCAAUGCAAGCAGUGGACCAGGCAGCGCUGGAUCACUAGGCGGUCUACUACUUGACAGACCCUACAGCAAUGGCCUUGUAUCAAACUCAACUUGUGCAUCAACAUCGCCACCAUCAUUCGAGAGCAACGUCAUAUCCAAACGUUUCAGCUCAGUUAACAGCCUUGGACCAUUCUCAACAACAAUCAGCGAUCUCAAUCUCAAUGGCAUGAAUAAUCCAUACGAGAAAUGGAGCAAUGGUGGUAGUGAUACAUACUCAGUGACAACAAAUGAUCACUUCUCAAUGACAACAACCAAUGGACCAACCGACUCCGUCCUCGAAUUGACGUCGAAACUCAUGUCGGCUGCUGCUAUAUUCCCACCAAAGUCACAGAUUAAACGACAGAAAAUGAUCUAUCACUGCAAAUUUGGGGAAUUUGGAGUUAUGGAGGGACAAUUCACUGAGCCAUCUGGUGUUGCUGUUAAUGCCCAAAAUAUAAUCGUCGCUGAUACGAAUAAUCACCGAAUUCAGAUAUUCGACAAAGAGGGACGCUUUAAAUUUCAAUUUGGCGAGUGUGGUAAACGCGAUGGACAACUUCUCUAUCCAAAUCGUGUUGCUGCUGUACGUCCUUCUGGUGAUAUUAUCGUUACCGAACGCUCACCAACACAUCAGAUACAAAUUUACAAUCAGUAUGGACAAUUUGUACGUAAAUUUGGUGCCAAUAUACUGCAACAUCCACGCGGUGUUACUGUUGAUUCUAAGGGACGUAUUGUUGUGGUCGAGUGUAAAGUCAUGAGAGUUAUAAUAUUCGAUCAGGGUGGCAAUGUACUCCAGAAAUUCGGCUGCUCUAAGCACCUUGAAUUUCCAAAUGGGGUUGUCGUUAAUGACAAGCAGGAGAUAUUCAUCAGUGACAAUCGUGCACACUGUGUCAAGGUGUUCAAUUACGAGGGCGCUUAUCUCCGUCAAAUUGGGGGUGAGGGUAUCACUAAUUAUCCCAUUGGUGUUGGUAUCAAUGCCGCUGGCGAGAUACUUAUUGCUGAUAAUCACAAUAAUUUCAAUCUGACGAUAUUUACGCAAGAGGGACAACUCGUUUCAGCACUCGAGAGCAAAGUUAAGCAUGCACAGUGCUUUGAUGUUGCACUUAUGGACGAUGGAUCUGUUGUACUUGCUAGCAAGGAUUAUCGGCUCUACAUAUAUCGUUAUGUGCAAGUACCACCAAUUGGCAUGUAGAGCCGUGGAUGAUGGGCUCAGGCUCAUCGCGAGUCAACGUUCAACACCAAGUUACAAUACUUCAAAUCAAUUAGUGAAAACGUUGACGAUAAUACGACAAGACACAAGUGUGAUAAAUAUAAAUCACCGUUUAAUCGUUGUUUAUCAACGAUCACCUCGGCAAAUGGUAGACGUUCACAGUCUAGCUGCAACAUCGAGAAUCAUCAGGCUCAUGCUGAUAACAAAAUGACGCGCGCCGCCAGGGAAACUCGUCAAGACGCCUCAUCCACGCUGUGAAUUUUUUUGCCAGUGAAACUUAUUUCUGUUUUUUUUUUAUGUUCGUUUUUCUUUUUGUAAUUUGUUUAGUUUUUUUUUAAUUCUCUCUCUCUCUAUUCUCUUCGAGGGGACUGCGAGAAUGAGUAACUCCCUGACACACGCACAAAAAAAAACAAAAUGUGAAGGUUUAAAUUUAACGAAAAAAAAAAAAAAUGGUAGAGGCGGACUCGGAGACAGUAACAGAAUUAAUGGAGAAAAUAACCGAGACAAUGAAUGAUGAAAAAAAAAACACGUACACACGCGCGAAGAAAAAAAACUUACUUGUUAAUGUUGUUAUAACUGAAAAUACUGUUGUUGUUGUUUAGUUGUAGAGCUCGCCGCCGCUAGUCACUUUUCCCCCCCGAAUUCUUACCGUGUUAUUGCCCUUUCAUUGCCCUCCCCCACAUCCCACCUCGCGAUUUACCUUUUUCCAGGGAUUUUUUGAAAAUUUCGGCUAUUCUCCGCACACCAAAAAGCGUCUGGUAGCGAUUUUUUGGAAUUAGGGAAGUUUGAAUACUUCGAGAGCCUCUGGAAACGACAAAAUGAUUGUUCAAUAAUUUUUUUUUCUCUACUGUCAUUAAUCACCGGUAAACUGUCGUAGCGUGUUCCCUCCGUUCUACUUUUUCUCUUUGAUUCCUCAAUAUUUUCCUCGACUCGGGAUUCCAACCACAAACGCUCACCAACUAGUUUGCGUUAUAAUUACCGUUUUAUUUUUCCACGUGACCACUCGUAAUUCUCUCGUGUGCGCAAGAGAAUGGAGUGAACCGAGGACUCGGGUUCGUCGUAUGAAAACCUUCCAUUCGCAUUAUUUUUCUCGUAUCCUCCAUUUUUUACUCUUCCCACUUUGUUUAAAGAAGAACGAGGAUAAACACAGAACGAAGGUCAAGAACUCUUGACCCCACCCUAGUUCAUGUUGUAUUUUCAUUAAAAUGAAGAUAAAUCCUCAUUUAAUGUCACGAGUUCCUCAAGACGCGCGUCUAUCGUUGGGUAGUUGAUCGAUUUAUUAAUUUUUCCAUGGAGUUUCGUCCAGCGAGCGACGAAGGCUGAUCGUUGAUUUGAUUUAGUUGACCUAUUCAAUCUCCCGAUUUAUCAUUAGUUGUUUAUUGAUAAUAUUAUUCGAUCAUUAUUUUUAAAUGGGUAACGAAGCAGUUAAACGGUUCAAUAUCGCUGAAUCCGGGGAAAAUAGCCAACACUUUGUCAUCACCUUUUUUGUAGAGCGAAUUGAGCACAACUAAAAUGGUUUUAACAAAAAUUUUCAUAUUUACCGUGGAUUUUGAGGAUUUUCAAUGAAAUUCACUGAUAGGUACAAAUCGGUUUGAACCGUUUUGCCUCUUUGAUACUGAACUGUGUUAUAUACCUCGGACGAGAGCCCUCGAAUUGCAGAACAGUUCCGUUGCUGAGACUUGUAAUUUUCAUAUAUUUUUUUUUAAUUAAUCUCAUUUAGAUCGUAGAGACGAGAUGGACAGUGUCCGAUCAAACGUAGUUUUUCUUUCUCUCGAGUUUUUUCUCUCAACCUCUCUUUUGUAAGUUUUACUUUUCCUCUGCACUCAAGUCCCACGUGACAUUUUCCAUGAUUUUUUGAGUCCUGUGGGACAGGGGAUACCGUGGUGGCAAGGCUCCAAUGUUUUUCCCUUCGAAAUUGACCAAAAAUUGUUCUCUGAUUGAUAAACUCUUGCCUAAUGCCUACGCGGUACACCUCCACGUGUGCUUAAUUAUUUUUUUACCCAGGCAAAUGCCUGUUUGUUUGAUUGUUUUAUUUUCUCACAAUGUAGUUAUUGUAGUUGUAGAUUGUAGAGGAAACUGAGGUGAAGUGAAUGAUUAAGGAGCAUUUAAGGAACUAUCCUCCAAUUAUUAUUAUUUUUCCUGUUAUUGAUUGUAUUAUUACUCCUUGCCCGUCAAUUAUCAUUCGUGACUGCUGACCAACUCGUGUUUAGACCAAUUUAUUUCCCUUAUUUUAUGAAUUUUUGUUUUGUUCAAUUGAUUUUUUUUUAGUGUACAUUUACGAUUCGAUUUGUUUAAGACAAUUCAGGUACGAAAAACUGUGCACUGAGAUAAUCCCAGGACUCUGGGUUGAAUAAAAACUUGAGGUAGCAUUCUUUUAAUUUUCUCGUACCGUUCUUUCUUUUUUCAAAAGUUAUGGAACGACAAAAACUGAACAUGAUAAUGAAGAAAUAGUAUUAAUAUAUUUUGUUGAAUGAGUCGAGUGAACUGAGCGACAGGAUACGAUAUGAACGUUUUGGUUUGUCACGACUUCAUGCAUGGUUAAAACAAUUUACAAUCAUUAUUAAUUAUUGUGUAUUUUUUAUUGUAUUAGUAUUAUUAAUUAUUGUAUUAUUUUAUCGAAUUUCACGAUCAAUUGUGUCACUGCCGAGAAAUUAUUGGCGUAUGAUUUCAAUUUUGAGAGAUACGAGGGGAAAUUGAGAAAAAUUGAGGAGAAAUAGUGGGAAAUCUAGGGUUCAAUCAAUAAGACUGCGAGGCUAGCUGGCAAGAGCACUGAUAAAAAAAAGAACGUCUUUAUUUAGUGUUCUCCACAACUCGUUAUUCUCCGAUCUUUUAUUUGAGGGGAGGGAGAAUCGAAACCGAGCGGAUAUCAAAGAUAAAGUUGAAAGAACUGCUCUCUUUAUUUUUGCGAUGUUGAGUAAAGUAUGGCAAUGUUUUUUUUUUCAUCACCACCCGGAGAUUAUUUUCCCUUUUUUUUUUUCUUUAUUUUCCACCCUCGAGAGUCCCGAGUCGACGUGCGACCUCGAUUCAGAACGCUCGAGUGAGUGAAUCAGACGACCGGAAAAUUUCAAAUCUUUUUUUCCACAAGUCCCUCCAGGGGCCCCAGAAUCAUCCGGUUUUCUCUCCAAUAUUUUCAGUCACAAGUCAUGAAGUUUCUGUUCCAUUAUCUCAAUCUCGAUAUCCAAUCGGCGAAAUAAAUUACAAAUAAAUGUUGUUGAUUCAAGAUGUCACGUACUUACGAGAGUAAAAACACUUUCAUAUGAUAAUUCAGCUCCAGUGACAUCAUUUUGUACAUAAAUUAUCGAACAAUACUCUGAUUUCAAUUAGUUAUUAAAUAUAUGAUUUUUUUUUUCACUUCAAUUUCACGCGUGUGUGUUGUGUGCAUAUGAGUUUUUGUUUUUCCUUUACUCAAUUACCUAGAGCUAUUGGAU